CCAGGUAGUAUAUAACUGGAAAUUCUAUGAAUAAGUUUGCCAUUUUUAUCAGUGAGUAUUUUUGAAUUAUCCAACAUGGGACUCAACGAGGAUUUUACUGCGGCAGCCAGCAAAGUGAGAAACUUCUCAAAAAGACCCUCAGAUUCUGACAUGCUUGAAAUCUAUUCUCUGUAUAAACAAGCCACAGUGGGUGAUGUGAAUAUUGCUAAACCCACUGGAGGAGAAGCCCUAACCAAAUGGAACGCCUGGAAUGGCAAAAAAGGUCUAGCAUCCAACCAUGCUAAGGAACAGUACAUUGCCAAGGUGUCAGGAUUAGCAUCGAAAUAUUCCUGAGUUUCUGAGAUUUCUUAUUUGAGAAUUUAGCAAUAAAUAAUGUGUUUAGAAUACUUAUGUCAUUUUUUAUCCUUUAGAUAUUUUGAUUCUACACUAUCGGUUCUCGAAACGGUUUGAAAAAUGAGUUAAAUAAUUAUUAUUAUAAAAAUCGUAUAAAGCAGUUCAAAUCCUCUUGCCUGUCAUGCACUUCAGCCUGGUUUUAUUUAUUGCUAUAUAAUAUGUUUGCUGGCCCAAUUAUAGUUGAGAGAUAUGAAGCUGAUAGGAUCUGUCAAGAGAACAUGCUUUCUAAGCUAUGCUACAGUUUUUUAAUAGGAAAU